UUGAAGCCGCUCCAUAUAUAAAAAUCAGCAAUCUCCCCUUUAAUCUCUGCUAUAAUUCCUGACAAUUGGUUGUUGAUUAUGACUUUUUCAAUAAGAAUAUUACUUUGCGAUAAGGGAAAUGGUUUUCAUCACAAAAUUAAUGGGAUUGCUAAUCAUUUUCCGGGGACAUUUUGCAAUGAGAAGAACGAACUUUUGCGUUCCGUCAUAAAUGAAUUUAUUGUUCAUUUUUAUAAUUAUUCCCGAGUGUCUGAGUCUCAUUGGUAGCGAAGAAGACGAAAAUUUUGUGGCUACUGGAGGAAAUCGAAGAGCAUUGGUCUGUAAAUUCGGAAAUCAUGAGUACUGGCUCUUCAAAGAGAGGAAGACUUGGCCAGAAGCUGUACUUCAAUGUGAAAAAGAGGGUACGGAAAUCGCCGAGGUCCGAGAGAUGGAUGAGGCGAAGAGGCUUGCUCAAAUUAUGAUGAGAAAUCGACCCGAUGCUAUCGAGAGUGCGUGGAUCGGUGGCUACGCAAAAAACAAGACCCGUGGCAUUACCUGGCGAUGGAUAUCCACAAACGAGGAGAUAUCGAAGACAAUUCUGUGGCGUGAGCCGCAAAAAAUCAUAAAUAAUUCGUCAGUUCGGGGUUGUCUCCUAUUUGACUGGCACCACUGGGAGAACCCGGCGUUCAUCGAGUUUCCCUGCGAUAGACGACGGGAAUACAUUUGCCAGCGAAUGACAAACGAUGGGACGGUUCACCCCGACCCUUCAUCCCCCGCACAUAAAUCGACUUUCAAUAUAUCGCCUACAACAACUCCUUCGACAGUUACGACUUCAUCAGCCGCUGCGAAAUUUAUUUCGACGAUAAAUAUCAACUUCUCCUCAACAUCAGCAGAACUUCCUAGUGACGAUCAUGAUUUCACAACCGUACCUCUAGUGACUUUCAUAAAGCGAAACAAAAUUCGAACGACUACUGAGGAUUACCAGGAGAGAAACGAUGAGGAUUAUUAUAACUACGAUGAGAUGGAUCAUUUAAGACUGGCGAUAAGCACGAGAGAACCAUUAAGCCCCACAACAACGCAGACGGAAAGUCCUCUUAUGGUUCCUCCAAAGGACGAAGGAAGAAUUCCGAUGACCAGGGGAAAUCCGGUAAUUUUCCCUCCGGAACCUGAACCGCGAAACAACGUGAAACCCCUGAAACUUUAUUACGCAUUCGAGGGUCCACUCGUGGCGGCCUUGAGGGAGAACAUGACCGGAGGAUCAAAUUCUCAUUACGGGCGAAGGUAUCAGAAGUACGUGGCAGUCACGAAGACACCAUUGAAAACGACUCUUUCCCAGAUCAGAGGCAGAAUUUUCGGGGGAUGA